GGCGGGGGGCUUCCUGGGGGAGGGGGGGAAAGGGGGGUGAUGAGGCCGUCGCGCCCCGGUUCCGGUUCCGGCCGUGUCGUGCAGCCGCCGGGAUGAUCAACGCCAUCCUGGUGUUCAACAACCACGGCAAGCCGCGGCUCGUCCGCUUCUACCGGCACCUGGCGGAGGAGGCGCAGCAGCAGAUCCUCCGCGACACUUUCCAUAUGGUGCUGCGGCGCGACGAGCACGUCUGCAACUUCCUGGAGUGCGGCAGUCUGUUCGGCAGCCCUGACUGCAAGCUCAUCUACCGGCACUACGCCACGCUGUACUUCGUGUUCUGCGUGGACUCCUCCGAGAGCGAGUUGGGCAUCCUGGAUCUCAUCCAGGUGUUUGUGGAGACGUUGGACAAGUGCUUUGAGAACGUCUGCGAGCUGGACCUCAUCUUCCACAUGGACAAGGUGCACUACAUCCUGCAGGAGGUGGUGAUCGGUGGGAUGGUGCUGGAGACCAACAUGAAUGAGAUUGUGGCACAGGCGGAGGCGCAGAGCAAGCUGGAGAAGGCGGAGGGGGGGCUCUCGGCUGCGCCAUCCCGCGCCGUCUCAGCCGUGAAGAACAUCAACCUGCCGGAGAUCCCACGCAACAUCAACAUCGGGGACAUCAACAUCAAAGUGCCCAACCUAUCACAGUUCAUGUGAGCAUCCCGGCGUGGGGGGCCGGAUCUGGGGCUGACUCUUCUUGGGAUUCCUCAGUGCAGAAAUGUGCCCGUGGCUGUGGCGGAGCCGUGGCGGUGCUGCUCCUCCAUCCUCCCGCUGCGGGGCUCGCGCUGCCUGCCUGUGUUCCCCUGCCCACCCUGCUCCUGCUGGGGUCCUGAGAGGUUGGCACUAAUGUCACGGGGCAGGGCAGUGGGGUGUGAGCUGCUGGGAGCUGCCAGUGUGCCCUGCUGUGCCAGGAACGCGUGCAUGUGAGCAGUGAGCGUGUCCUUUUCCAAAUAAACCACUGUGUGAACCUG